GGGCCGCAGCUUUGGCGCCAAAAAGCGAACAUGGCGCCGGAGCGGCUGCGGAGUAGGGUGCUCUCUAACUUCAAGCUGCGCGGCUUGCUGCUCCGGGGUGAAGCUAUUAAGUACCUCACAGAAGCUCUUCAGUCUAUCAAUGAAGUAGAGCUUGAAGAUGCACUGGAAAAGAUCAUUGAUGCAGUUGAAAAGCAACCCUUGUCAUCAAACAUGAUCGAACGGUCUGUAGUGGAAGCAGCAGUCCAGGAAUGCAGUCAGUCAGUAGAUGAAACUGUAGAACAUAUUUUCAAUAUCAUAGGAGCAUUUGAUAUCCCACGCCUUGUGUACAAUUCAGAAAGAAAAAAAUUUCUUCCUUUAUUAAUGACCAACCACCCUGCACCAAAUUUAUUUGGGACAGCAAGAGAUAAAGCAGAGCUGUUUCGUGAACGAUACACAAUUUUGCACCAGAGGACCCACAGACAUGAAUUAUUUACUCCUCCAGUGAUAGGUUCUCACCCUGAUGAAAGCGGAAGCAAAUUCCAGCUUAAGACAGUAGAAACCCUAUUGGGCAGUACAACCAAGAUCGGAGAUGUGAUUAUUCUUGGAAUGAUAACCCAGUUAAAAGAGGGAAAAUUUUUUCUGGAAGAUCCUACAGGAACAGUACAACUGGAUCUUAGUAAAGCUCAGUUUCAUAGCGGUUUAUACACAGAGUCAUGCCUUGUCUUAGCAGAGGGUUGGUUUGAAGAUCAGGUGUUUCAUGUCAAUGCCUUUGGAUUUCCACCCACUGAACCCUCUAGUACUACUAGGGCAUACUAUGGAAAUAUUAAUUUUUUUGGAGGGCCUUCUAAUACAUCUGUGAAGACUUCUGCAAAACUAAAACAACUAGAGGAUGAGAAUAAAGAUGCCAUGUUUGUGUUUAUAUCUGAUGUUUGGUUGGACCAAGUAGAAGUAUUGGAAAAACUUCACACCAUGUUUUCUGGUUAUUCACCAGCACCUCCAACUUGCUUUAUUCUGUGUGGCAAUUUUUCAUCUGUACCAUAUGGAAAAAAUCAGGUUCAAGCUUUGAAAGAUUCCCUAAAAACUUUGGCAGAUAUAAUAUGUGAAUACCCAAAUAUUCACCAAAGUAGUCGAUUUGUGUUUGUACCUGGUCCAGAGGAUCCUGGAUUUGGUUCCAUCUUACCAAGGCCGCCAUUUGCUGAAAGCAUCACUAAUGAAUUCAGACAAAGAGUACCAUUUUCAGUUUUUACUACUAAUCCUUGCAGAAUUCAGUAUUGUACACAAGAAAUUAUUGUCUUUCGUGAAGACUUAGUGAAUAAAAUGUGCAGAAACUGUGUCCGUUUUCCCAGUAGCAAUUUGGAUAUUCCUAAUCAUUUUGUAAAGACUAUCUUAUCCCAAGGACACCUGACUCCUCUCCCUCUUUAUGUCUGCCCGGUGUAUUGGGCGUAUGACUAUGCUCUGAGAGUGUACCCUGUGCCUGACUUACUUGUCAUCGCAGACAAAUACGAUCCUUUUACUUUGACCAAUACCGAAUGCCUCUGCAUAAACCCUGGCUCUUUUCCAAGAAGUGGAUUUUCAUUCAAAGUUUUUUAUCCUUCCAGUAAGAUAGUAGAAGAUAGCAAACUCCAAGGUUUUUGAGAUUCUUAAAGACCAUCUGAAGAAACAGAAUUCAUCAAUUUUCUGCUUAAUUUUAAUUUUAUGUAAUUUUGAUAUUAAGUUAAAAUAAAAUUAUGGUAAACUUUAGGAUGUUCUGCUUAAAUUUCUAUUUUAUGAAAUUUUGAUAUUAAAGUAAACACGAUGGGGACUUCCCUGGUGGUGCAGUGGUUAAGACUCCAUGCUGCCAGUGCAGGGGGCCUGGGUUCAUUCAAUCCCUGGUCAGGGAACUAGAUCCCGCACACGGCAACUAAACGCACACCGCCGUGAAGAUCCUGCACGCGGUAACGAAGAUCCCACAUGCCGCAACUAAGACCCGGCACAGCCAAGUAAGUAAGUAAAUAUUUUUAAAAUAAAUAAAAUAAAAUAAAACAUGAUGGUUUACUUUAUGAAUUUUUAUAGGAAAAAUAUUUUCUGCAUAAUCUUUUAUGAAAAAUAUGAAAAUGUGUAAAAAUAUAUAAUCCAAGUAUACAUUUGUGUUUAAAAAUUUAAGUUUCAUUAUCUCUGUACUAGUUACACGCUAAUGUUCACCAUAAGAGUCUUAAUAGUAUAUUCAAAAAUUGCAAAUUGUUUAAAUUUCAAGUCACAGAAUCUAUUCUAAUGAUAGUGAAAACCUUUGUUUCAGGAUAUUACUAUGAUAUUCAUUACAUAAUUAACUUUUGGCACUGAAAAUUUAAAAACACACUGUCCUCAUAGUUUUUACAUUUAAAAGGAAUAAUAUUCACUUUGAAGCAAACUGUUUUGUUAUUUUGGGUAUAAUAACUCAACCCCAUGCCCUUAUCUAUUAAUUUAUGGGGGGGGGGACUAUGGUGAUGGCCCAGAAAUGAAUCUGAAUGACAGGAAGUUGUUAAGCAUACAAAGAGUAUUUCAAAUGUAGGAAUAAUCUUAAUAUUACAGAAAGACUGGAAUGGAAGAUAUUUCUUUCAAAGCUUUUUGGGGAAGAGAUACUGAUAAAAAAAUUAACAUGACACCAAAAGAAAAUUCCUCAAGAAAUUUAAUCUGAAUGUUGUGAUAAGUGAAUUCUGGUUAAGGAUGAAGUGGCAAUUUGAGAUGUGGUUUAAGGAUGUAAAAUUUCAGAGUAUUAGAAGAGGUCUGAUGUUAGAAGAGCAAGAUUGAGCUUUAAUUUCAAGAAUAGCCUGGAAAUUUUGACUAAAGGUGAAAUCAAGGCAUAAGUUCAAAAGCUACUAGAUUACUUGGGAAAAUUUACAAUUUGGGCCUUGUAAGUGAAAUAGAAACUGCAAGGUUGUUGGUCCAGUUACAAGAACCAUAGAGCUACAUAUGAAAGAUUUCUUUAGGAACACAUUUAAUGCCUAAAAAGAUAGGGUAUGUUUACGGGUUAGCAAGGUGACGUAAGAUGAAGCAGAGCAGUUAACUAUGUACGAGCCAAUAAGUUGCCAGAAUCAGGCAAUAAUUAUUAGAAUAAGACAGGAACUAGAAUCAGGUGGAGGUGGACAUUGUCUGGAAAUGAAAAGGAAGCAGAGGUCUGAAAAAUGGGCUAGCAGAGGAACAGCACUGCAAGGGUAUCCAGGGCUAAUACUCUGGGGAACAGAGAGGUGGUGUGCUCCCCAACUUGGUGUUUAAUCAGCUGAAGCACGGCUCACCGCACCGCAGGAAUCUGGGUAUGAGACACCGUCAUGUGACAUUAUGCCUUAGGGGCCAGGUAGAUCACACAAGAUGGGAGUAGGUUGAGAUUUCUCUGCUAUGAGAAAAGCCAACACUUGGUCUCAGUGUGGGGAAACCACAGGAAGUGCCAGUGCAUGUGAUGAGGUAGGAGAGAAACCUGGAUGGUGUCUCAACAUUGAGGUAAUGCCAACAUUGUGUUAAAUGUUGCUGAGAGUUUCAACAAAAUGGGAACAGAAAAAUGAUCACUGGAUUUAACAACUACCAAUUAAUAACUACCCCAAUCAAUAAAUAUUCUUCUAUAAUAUCUAUUUGAAUGCCUGCACAGAAUCCCAUUGCAUGGCUGUACCAAAAUCUGCUCAACCAGUCCCACUGUUGAAUUAUUAGCUUCUUCCCAAACUUUUAGAAUCAUAAUGUUUCUUGAGAAUGCUCUCAAAGUUGGAAUUGCUGGACCAAAACAAGUAUGCACGUUCUAAAGGCUUUUUAUACAGCUACCAAACUACUCUCUAGAAAGGUUUUAUUAAUGUAAUUCUACCACCCCAAGGAAAUAGAGUAAUUGU